AUGAGUAUGGCUUUACAUCACGUUGAUGAUCCCGAGGCAAUGGUAACAAAGUCGGUAGAGCGUUUGAAGCCUGGUGGAACGGUAGUGAUUAUCGACUGGAUCCCCUCAGAGAGAGCAUUUUCUCAGAGCAGUAGCAGUCACAGCCAUGAAAACUCUCACGGCUAUGGAACCGAUUCUGGGCUCCCAAGAGAUGGUGGCCCAGGACAGCACCCGGGCUCGCACACUGUAUCAUUUGACGGCUUCACCAAGGAGCAUAUGGAUGGCAUGUUCGCCAAAGCACAAUGCAGCGAAACCGACUAUGUCCUAGCAGCGUCCCCAUCUGAAGUCCCGCCAGAUCCUAGCGUCGCUAUCUACAACGAAGCUGUUGCGCGGGACCUCUACCCAGAAAAUCUCUCUGGCCCUCGAGGUUCGGGCGACCACCCUGCCCUCCUCUCUGCCCUCGCCUCCUUCUUCAAUGCAGACUUCCGGCCCGCGAUUCAAGUGCUACCCUCGUACAUCGUCAUAGCUACCGACCGCAGCUCCUGCCUAGACCGACUCUUCUAUACGAUCUGCGACGCCGGCAACAGCGUGCUGGUUCUGGCACCUUAUUGGAGUACUAGACGUGCUAUUAUUGGGAAUUUGUCUCUAUCCAUAUAUGAUACGCACCCAUACGUAAAACGAUGUUAUCCAUGGAUGACUAUGUACCACGAGUAA